AACAGAUCAGAGAUCCACUUGGUCGCAGAAUGAGACAGACUGAAGCUCCCUCAGACAAAAACGCAGCAAAUCAUUUUCCCGACAGCCCAUCCUCUGAAAGAAUUUUCCAUUGGAACAACAGACGACAGAAAAACAACUAUUCAUGGUGCAAACUGAUCAUCUAGAAACUACUUCGCUUCACAGCAGCCACAUUCCCGUGUGUGUGAUGUAAACGUUGACUGCGCAAAAUUUGGCGCCAGUGCGCACGAUGGAUGAACUUUUAUCCGCACAAGAUGCUUGGCUUCAGAACUUUUCUUAUUGUAACUACAGCCAUUUAAACAAGACUCAUCCAGGGAACAACGUGGUAAACCCUUUAAAGCGAAACGAAGAAGUGGCCAAAGUGGAAGUUACUGUCCUGGUGCUGGUGCUUUUGCUGGCUCUGACGGGUAACCUGUGCGUCCUGUGGGCUAUCCACACCACCAAGCACAGCAAAUCUCGGAUGUAUUACUUCAUGAAGCACCUGAGCAUCGCAGAUCUUGUUGUGGCCGUUUUUCAGGUCCUGCCGCAACUCAUUUGGGACAUAACAUUUCGCUUUUACGGACCAGAUAUUAUCUGCAGGCUCGUCAAAUAUCUCCAAGUUGUGGGCAUGUUUGCGUCCACCUACAUGCUGGUCCUGAUGUCCAUCGAUAGAUGUUUAGCAGUCUGCCAGCCGCUUCGCUCUGUGCACAAGGGGAAAGAUCGCUUCUGUGUUAUCGGAUCCUGGAUCCUCAGUCUGGUGUUCAGCACCCCACAAGCUUACAUCUUUUCUCUCAGGGAGGUCGGGAAUGGCGUCUACGACUGCUGGGGGGAUUUCGUGCAACCCUGGGGUGCAAAAGCCUACAUCACAUGGAUGAGUCUGAGCAUCUACAUAAUUCCAGUAGCGAUAUUAGGCAUCUGCUACGGUCUGAUAUGCUUUAAAAUAUGGCAGAAUAUUAAUAUGAAAACCAAGAGGGAGCACUUUUUGGCUCUGACGCCGAGGCCGUCCAAGAGCGCACAUCCACUCUCACGCGUCAGCAGCGUCAGGCUCAUUUCCAAAGCCAAGAUCCGCACGGUGAAAAUGACAUUUGUGGUGGUUAUUGCUUACAUCGUAUGCUGGACUCCUUUUUUCUUUGUUCAGAUGUGGUCUGCAUGGGAUCCAGCUGCACCAAGAGAAGACAUGGCCUUCAUCAUCUCCAUGUUGCUUGCUAGCCUUAACAGCUGCUGUAAUCCCUGGAUCUAUAUGCUCUUUGCCGGUCACCUGUUCCAUGACCUGAUAAAGAGCUUCUGCUGCUGCUGCAGAAACUAUGUUGCAGACUCAUCCUGCCAAUGCAAUCAGGAGUGCAGGCACAAGAGAGGCUCCUCCACGUUCGACAUCAAAAACGGCAGCAGUAUGAGGAGCUUGACUCACACAUCCAGCCUGGGGGGACCCACACACUGAACUGGCCAAAAGUCUAAAGCUUCCUGUGGUUG